CGUGCAUGGGCUGCAGGGUCAUCCUCAAAGGACCUGGUCCUGUCCUUCUCCGCCACCUCCUGCGCAAUUGGACUCUCAAAAGACAUUUUGGAAGAAAUUGAUGUGCAAGCCACUAGGCCGCGGCAAUGAACAGCCGAGAUCAUCCAGGCAGGAUGCAACCGCACUCCCCUUUCCUAAAGAGCCUACAGCGACUGUUUUCUGGCCUCGGGACCUCUUGCCAUAUGACUGUCCCGACGCAAGAAUCCUGACAUGGGGAUACAAUACAAUGAUUACAAAUCGCCAUAGUGCAGCAAACCAAGAUGAUAUCUUCGCGCAUGCCAAAAAUCUGCUAUUUACACUCCAGAGAGAGCAUACGAAGGACAAGGACCGAAGACUCAUCUUCGUUGCUCACUCGCUUGGAGGUAUCAUUGUGAAGGAAGCCCUUCGCCGUUCGCAGGACGCGACGGAGCCCGCGAUUCACGGUAUAGUGGAGUCCACCUCUGGAAUCGUGUUUCUAGGAACACCUCAUGGUGGCAGUGCCUCUUUCGCGACUGUCGGUGAUGUGAUCCGCAGGAUUGCGAGCACAAUAUUACGCAUGGACACCAAUCCAGCCAUAUUACGCGCCCUUGGACUUCACAGCCCCGAGCUGGAACUCGGAAGAGAGUCUUUCAUUGCAUUAUGGAGAUUGUACGACUUCAACGUCAAAACGUUCCAGGAAGCACUGCCUCUGACGGGCGUCAACGUGGGACUGCUAAAUGAAAAGGUUGUGCCGAAGCAAUCGUCCUCGCUCGGUGAUCCUAGAGAACGUGCCGAGACUAUUGAAGCCAAUCACAUGAACAUGUGCCGAUUCUAUGGAGCCGACGACCCUCGCUACAACCAGCUCAGAGGGGAACUCAAGAACCUGGUCGAAGAGAUCUCGGCAACCACGCGAGCGGUAGUGCAGCAAGGCACAGACGCCUCACAGGCAGAUCUGCACGCCUGCUUGUCGUCCCUGAAAUAUGCGGAUAUGGCAUUGAGACAACUCAGCAUACAUUCACCAAUGAAAGACACCUGCAAUUGGCUAUUCGCGGACAAAACUUACCUCAAUUGGUACCACCGCAGAGACGCUGACUCUCAUCAAGGUCUACUCUGGAUUAAGGGAAAGCCAGGUAGUGGAAAAUCAACCCUGAUGAAAGAAGCUCUCCGGCGGACAUCGGUCGACGCAGAGGCAGAGGACAAACUCCUUAUGUCAUACUUCUUCAACGCGCGGGGAGGUGAACUUGAAUACUCAGCUCUUGGUCUCUUCCUCUCUUUGGUGUUGCAGAUUGUAGACAAUGAUUGGCGAGCCCAAGCUAAGAUCCUGAAGAUGUAUGUGGAGAAGAGAGCGUCUACAGCUCAGACAGUAGCCUGGCACCAGGCUGAGCUGGAGGGUUUCCUGGCGGACUGCCUUUCUCAUCAGUCGAUAGAGCAGCGGAUCGAGAUCUACAUCGACGCUCUAGAUGAAUGCGAUGAGCCAGAAGCUCGAAGAGUGGUUGAUUUUUUCCGAGAACUUAGUUCUUCAGCCUUUGCCCAUGGGUCCAAUCUCAAUGUUUGCUUCUCAAGCCGUCACUAUCCUAACAUAUCUGUGCCAGACUGUCCUGAAGUGAUAGUCGAGCAAAGAAACAAAGAUGACAUUGAAAGAUAUGUGCAAACUACCUUACGAAGGACCCAUGCGUCCUACCAGACGUCUCUGCAGGAGAUUGCCGUGACGGUCAUCCAGAAAGCAUCAGGAGUGUUCCUAUGGGUCGUCAUUGUUCUUCAGAUGUUGCGAGAGGACGCGGACAGAGGCUCACCAUGGGAAAUGAUGCAACGCAGACUUGACGAUAUCCCUACAAAGAUGGCUGAUCUUUUCGCGGAGCUCUUUAAGAACCUCAACAUGAAAGACAGAGAGGAGGCUCUGCAAAUGUGGCGCUUGGUUAUCUGCACACCUUUUCGCAUGCACCUAGUGGAGUUGCAUGAAGCUAUAUCUUUUGAUCGCACCGGACGAGCAUCGAAAUAUAGUUUUGGCGCCCAGUACUAUUGGGUCAAUGACGAACUUCACAGAACACGAUUGAGACUAUUGUAUCUGUCUCGGGGGCUCCUUGAAGUGGUCUCUUCCGACGAAGAAAAUUCCCUCGAUGGGUCGGUAGUCCAGCCAGUUCAUGAAACCGUCAAGGAGUUCUUUGCUGACAAAGGCUUUCUGCUGUUCGGUGUCAACACCCACCGCGACGCGAUCGGACAGGGGCAUUUCGUACUGAGUAAAUUGUACUUCCAUUAUCUCUGCUCGGAGAAAGUGGGUCAUUCUCGGACGGACACUCACCUCCACAUCAACAAGCGAAAAUGGCCAUUGCUAGCUUACGCCUGUGAUUGGCCAUCCUAUGCGCGUAAGGCCGAUAUACUAGGGUUUGUGGCCUCAUAUCUCCUUGACGGGUCUGAUCUUUGGAAGGCUGGCUUGGUUCGCGAAUGGAAGAAGGUCGAAGAUCCAUCAGUUCCGAAGCGUAAGCUCCCUACAUGCGCUCGACAUGACACGAUCUUGUCAUUUCUUUGUGCUCAGCAUCUUUUUUCCACGGCGACGCACCUCAUCCAGAGACCAGAUUUCAGGGUCCAUGAAAUGGACUCACGUGGCCACACUCCAUUGCACAACGUUUGUGGCGAGGCCGACUGGGAGCUGGGUCAACAGCUGGAACGGUUGCUUCAUUUGAUUCAGAGAACGAAGGUGGAUGGAAAGCAACAUCAUCCAGAUGUGUCUCGGUUUCCGAUACGGAUGAUACGGCUGGGCCCCACAUGGCCGGGUUGGUGCCUAAAUAUAGUGGAGGACCGUCUAGAAAUGUCGCAGUCUCAGAAGCUGAGCCCGAAGCUGGAUGCCGAGCUUGAUGUUACGGCCGCUGAAGUUGCGGAAGUGAUGGGCCGAGCGCUGUGUCACCAACAAGGACGAAACCUGGAUUCCAAGCUGGAUGUUAAGGCGCUGGAUAUGGAGGAAGUUCUGAAAGAGGCGCUAUGUUGGGAGCAGGAACGGAAGGUGGAUUCGGAGCUGGACGCUAAGGCUGCCACCCUGGCGGAGAUUCUGAUGCGCAAAGGCGCUGAUCCCAGAGCUAUUGCACAGGACAGACGUUCACCCGUGGAUAUCGCAAAGUCUCGGGGCAUGAAACAAACGCUGAAGGUGCUUACUCGAACAUCGACAGCCACCGACCUCAGCUCUCUCCCGACAGACAGCCUGGUGGAACCGUUAUCCCGAGAAUUAGCUGGCUUGGCUGAGCCAGCGGCGGCUGUGGGGAAAUUUAUACCAGAUCUUGCGCUGGAACAGCAGUAAGUCCUUGAGUCCAUGUUGCUCCAAUGAGGAGGCUGUGGCUGGCAUGAC